UACACUCUCCUUUCUCUUUUUUUCACCCACCCCACCCGUCCCUUCUCUGAUUCCCUCUCACAAACUUGAGAAUCAGAAAAUCCAUCUCGUGACUAUGUAAGAGAAAAAAACCCCCAAAAAACCGAAACCACUGACUGUCUCUCAUUUCCUUAUUACUUUCCUGGAACCUUCCCCUCUUGCAUUCUCUCCCUCUCCCCUUCAUGCAAAUACCACCACAACUUCCACCAAUUUCCCUUUCCCUUUUUCUAUUUUACUAAUUACUCAGAUAUUUGGUUCGGUUUUCUUGUGCCUUAUUUUGGUGGAAUGAUCUAAUUGUGGUGGUUUCUGUGGUGCUUGAAGGAACUAUUCAGUGAAAUUUUCAUCUUGAUCUGCAUUGUCUUUGAAAUUAGGCUGCAGAGAUGAGAACUCAGCAAGACAAGUUUGUUAGGUUUCAGGACUGGAAUUCAGACAAGGGUUCUGAGAGCAAUUAUCCUGUGAUCAACAUUGCACCUUCGCAGAGAUUCAAAACUACAUUAAAUUCUAUAUCUGCAAAGUUUCAAAGGGGAUUGGAAUAUGGUUUUCAAAGGAUAAAGAGAUUCAGUUCAUCAUUCAAGUCCUUUCUGUUCAGCCGUGCUUUUUCUAGUAACUUUAGUUCUAGAAAGAAAAUCCUUGAUCCACAGGGUCCGUUCCUUCAAAAAUGGAACAAGAUAUUUGUAUUGCUAUGUGUUAUUGCAGUAUCACUGGAUCCUUUGUUCUUUUAUGUCCCUGUGAUCGAUGAUGAGAAGAAAUGUCUUUCACUGGACAACAAGAUGGAGAUUACAGCAACUGUUUUAAGAACUUUCUCCGAUAUCUUUUAUAUAGUCCACAUGAUUUUCCAGUUUCGUACUGGAUUCAUUGCUCCAUCUUCUCGAGUGUUUGGAAGAGGUGUUUUGGUUGAGGAUUCUUGGGCAAUAGCAAAGCGAUAUCUAACAUCUUAUUUCUUAGUUGACAUUCUUUCUGUUCUUCCCCUUCCACAGGUGGUGAUUCUAAUAGUCAUUCCAGGGAUGAGUGGCUACAAAUCGCUGAAUACAAAGAACUUGCUGAAAUUUAUUGUUUUCUUCCAAUAUAUACCUCGAGUUUUUCGAAUAAUUCCAUUAUAUAAAGAAGUUACAAGAACCUCUGGCAUUCUCACUGAAACAGCUUGGGCUGGUGCUGUAUUUAAUCUCUUUCUUUACAUGCUUGCAAGUCAUGUUGUUGGUGCCUUUUGGUACUUGUUUUCUAUAGAACGGGAAACCACAUGCUGGCAAAAAGCCUGCACCCGAAGUAAUGCAACAUGUAAUAAGGAGGACAUGUAUUGCAACAAUCAUCAAGGAGGGUUAAGCACAAUUUCAACGUUUCUCAAUGCUUCUUGCCCAAUAAAGGAGACAAACACGACACUUUUUGAUUUUGGGAUAUUCCUUGAUGCCCUUCAAUCUGGUGUUGUGGAGUCAAGAGACUUUCCACAAAAGUUCUUUUAUUGUUUUUGGUGGGGCCUAAAAAGUUUGAGUUCUCUUGGUCAAAACCUGACGACAAGUACCUUUGUGUGGGAAAUCUGCUUUGCAGUUUUCAUUUCCAUCGCUGGGUUGGUAUUAUUUUCAUUCCUUAUCGGGAAUAUGCAGACAUAUUUGCAAUCAACAACAACAAGAUUAGAGGAGAUGAGGGUGAAAAGGAGAGAUGCAGAACAGUGGAUGUCUCAUAGACUCCUCCCUGACAGCCUUAGGCAGCGAAUCAGACGAUAUGAGCAGUACAAAUGGCAAGAAACCAGAGGUGUUGAUGAGGAUAACUUGAUUUGCAAUCUUCCAAAGGAUUUGAGAAGGGACAUUAAGCGCCAUCUUUGCUUGGCUUUGCUGAUGAGAGUGCCAAUGUUUGAGAAAAUGGAUGAACAACUUUUGGAUGCCAUGUGUGAUCGUCUUAAGCCAGUGCUUUACACGGAAGAAAGCUAUAUUGUCCGGGAAGGAGACCCUGUCGAUGAGAUGCUUUUCAUAAUGCGAGGCAGGUUAUUGACAAUGACAACCAACGGAGGAAGAACAGGCUUCUUUAAUUCCGAGUAUCUUAAAGCCGGUGACUUUUGCGGAGAAGAGCUUCUCACAUGGGCUUUAGAUCCUCAUUCUUCAUCCAACCUCCCCAUCUCAACCAGGACUGUCCAAACACUUUCAGAAGUGGAAGCUUUCGCUCUAAAAGCCGAUGACUUGAAGUUUGUGGCUUCUCAAUUCAGGCGUCUUCACAGCAAGCAGCUACGCCACACUUUCCGGUUCUACUCGCAGCAGUGGCGCACAUGGGCCGCAUGUUUCAUUCAAGCGGCCUGGCGUCGCUAUGCUAAAAAAAAGCUUGAAGAGUCUCUCGUUGAAGAAGAGAAUAGGCUGAAAGAUGCAUUGGCAAAGGUAGGUGGUAGCUCACCAAGUCUAGGUGCCACCAUAUAUGCCUCCAGGUUUGCUGCCAAUGCACUUAGAUUGUUGCGCCGUAACCGCACAAGGAAGACAAGGAUGCCGGAGAGAAUACCCCCCAUGCUGCUUCAGAAGCCUGCGGAACCUGAUUUUACUGAUGAAGAGCAGUAAGCUUCUAUAUCUCUCGGUGAUUUUUUCGUAAAGAAAAUAACCAACGAGGCUGAAUAGGAAACAAAAAAUGAAAAUGUAAGAUAAAUGUUUUUCAAGUUGUAUAUAUAAAUAUUGGAUUGGAUUGUCAAUAGAAUUUUCAUUUCCCUUG